AGUCCCUCCUGUCCCGCCAGGGAUGGGAACACGGAAGGGAGACCUUCAGCACAAGGGAGACAUGCAACUCCGGCUACAGCGGAGGCAACGAAGAUGGUUAAGGGACCGAAUCAUCUCUUUACGAGGAAAGGCUGAGGGAACUGCGCCCGCUCAGCCUCGAGACGAGACGACUGAGAGGGGGCCGCAUAAUGUCGGCUUGGUAGUCAACUGCUCAGGUCAAGGAUUGCAAAAACUGGGUCCAACCUUGCCCUGUGAUGCUGAUACUCAGACUCUGAUUCUGGACAAAAAUCAGAUAAUUAAAUUGGAACACUUGGAGAAAUGCAGGAAUCUGAUGCAGCUCUCUGUAGCCAACAACCGUUUGGUGCGAAUGAUGGGUGUAGCAAAACUGACCAAGCUCCGGGUGCUCAGCUUGCCUCAUAAUAGUAUUGGGUACGUGGAAGGGCUGAAGGAUUUGGUGCACCUGGAAUGGCUGAAUUUGGCAGGAAAUAACAUUAAGGCCAUUGAGCAAAUCAAUUCCUGCCUGUCUCUUCAGCAUCUUGAUUUGUCAGACAAUAACAUAGCUCAAUUAGGCGACCUCUCCAAGCUUACCUCACUAAAGACUCUUUUGCUACAUGGAAAUAUUAUAACUUCACUACGCACUGCCCCUGCUUGCCUACCUCAGAGUUUGACUGUUUUUUCUUUGGCAGAAAAUGAAAUAAGAGACUUAAAUGAGGUUUCUUUCCUGACCUCUCUUCACCAAUUGGAACAACUGUCAAUUAUGGACAAUCCCUGUGUGAUAGCUACACCUUCCGUUCCUGGCUUUGACUACAGACCUUAUAUUGUCAGUUGGUGUCUGAACCUUAAAGUUCUUGAUGGAUAUGUGAUUUCUCAGAAGGAAAGUUUGAAAGCAGAAUGGCUCUACAGUCAAGGGAAAGGGAGGUCAUUUCGACCUGGGCAGCAUGUUCAGCUAGUUCAGUACUUGGCUACUGUUUGUCCUCUCACAUCUGCAUAUGGACUCCGGACUGAAGAGGAUGCCAAACUGGAAAAAAUACUGAGUAAGCGAAGACUCCACCAGAGGCAGCUGAUGCAUGAAAACCAAAAUGAGGAGCCACCUACAUCUUCUGCUCCCAGCAAAACAGUGCCAGUUGCUCAUGAACACAGUGGUCUGGCCCAGCCAUCGCAGGUGGUUCUUGAAAAGGAGCCCGUCAUCCAGAGGAAUUCUUGGGUUGGACCAAGUGCAAGCGGUGAUCAUUCCUAUGCAGUAAAGAACACUUUUCUUCAUGAAAGAAGCUUUUCCAAGGAGCUACACCUCGAAGAUUUACAGACAGAUGAAGACAAACUAAACAGCAGCCUUUUAUCCUCAGAGUCAACUUUCAUGCCAGUUGCUUCAGGAUUGUCUCCAGUGUCUCCUGCUUCAGGCCUGAAGCUACAUGGAAUCAAUCUGGGCCUAGAAGAUGAUGAUGAUACAGUGAUUGAAGGUGUGAGAGAUAAUAAUAGUAGGGAAACAACUAACAAGCAAAAAGCUUUGUCUGUUACAGGAGAGCACCCUAAUAGAGCAGCAGGAAGUGUGGAAAGGCAAGAGAGUGUCAGAGAGAUCCUGCAGGUGCCUGCUCCUGAUCCAGUAGCAGCUGGCCUGGCUGCAAAGACUGGCAACUCUUCAGGAGCCUCUGCAGGCCAAGCUCUGCACAGUCGCCCCAGCACCUCGUUAGGUGGUGAAUCAGGAGUAAAAACUCUUAGUCCUGACCAAAUGACAGAAGAAAGGUCUGGUUCACUGUCUGUGCAAGGUGCAGCACCAGCUGAUCAAGGUGCAGCUGAGCUGCAAAGGAUGACUGAAGCAGCUACCAAGCUUCAAGCUUCCUGGAGAGGCUUUUACACGAGGAACCACCAUCCUCGAGCCAAGGAAGUGCGCAAUGAAAUUCGACUGCACAGAAUGCAGGAGCACAUCAUUUGCUUAACAGCUGAAAUAAAAAAACUGAGAAAAGAAAGAGAGGAAGAUAAAGUGCAGAGGCUUGUACAGGAGGAAGCUAUCAAAUUUCUUUGGAACCAGGUUAAAUCCCUUCAACAAUGGCAGCUUUCAGUGAUGCAGAAUUUAGGUGGUGCUGGGGUCCCUUCAGCCAAUAUUUUAUGUACAUCCAAACCACCUCUUCAGUCAUCUGCAGUGGAGCACGAAGUCCCAGCAGCUGUUAGUUCUGCUUUGUCAGUUCCAGCCAGUGAGGAUGAGCCUCAGGAAAGGUCCUUGCUGCAGUUUCCAGAUUCUGGCUUUCAUACUUCUGCGGCUGAUCAGACUCGUGCCAGUGACCUGUGUGGCUCUGAAAAGAGCUCAGCUGAAGGAACUGAGAGCUCCCUUUCAAUGGAAACCAUCAAACAAUGUGGCAAUUCUGUUUUAGCAUGUUCAGAAGAGGAUGGCCCUGGGGCGUGUGGGCAAAGUAAAGAGAGCUCUAGUAAUGAGCAGGACAACGGACUGAUAGAACAGUAUUUAAAAUCUGUUCAGCAGCUGGAAGAGGCUGAUGAAGACACAGUUUGCAAUGAGGAAAUGGAGGGCAGCUGUAUACAGAUCUCUGUGUCAGCAGAAAGCCAAGAUUCUUCCUCUGACACUGUCUCUAUGGAGCUCCCUCAAGACACAUCUUCCCCUGUCCGAGGUGAAAUCUGUCAGACACCACCAGAAAGCUUCAAACUGAAUUCAGAAAUGGUAGAAGGGAAGCAAACAGACUGUGAUUCCUCGUUUCAGGUGCUACAUGUUGGGAUAGCUGUAUAAUAGGAUCACUUCCACAAAGGACUAGGGAUUCCAUUUCACUUUCUCUUUCUUUUUCCUGUUUAUACAAAAGUUAUUUUUCAUGUGUGUUGUUUCAGAUUUUGACUCAUGUUAAGAAUUUGUUGUAAUUACUAUUUUAUUGAUGUUGCUGAGGAUUGACACUAACUAUGCUAACCUGAAAUAAGCAAAGUUCUCAGUGACAAUCAUUAUGCACUUUAUUUUCAAACAUAAAACUGGUAUCCUAAUAAUUGGCCUCCAUUAAAUUAGUUCUGAAGAUUGGGUGGUGGUGGUGGUAAUGUUUCCUGUAAAUUCACUUUGGUGAAUGUGUUAGUAAGUAUUUGGGGUUUUGGUUGGUUUUUGUUUGUUUGUUUGUUUUUUCUGCAAAGAAAUAUUAAGUUCUUAUUUUGUAAAGAGAAGCAGACAAUGCUGGAAGAAAUGGAUUCAAGACAGGCAAUAUCCUGUCAUAGGCAGGAUGCAGCCUCCUGAGAAAGAUGAAAAGUUGCUUUUCAAGCUUCUUUUGACUUAAAGUAACUUGGUCAGUGUAUCAAAGAUGCAUUCCAGAAAACCAGUGUCCAAGUCAGUGACUAUUUUGUAAAUAAGUUGAAGUUGCUGGCGAGGAAUUAGAUCAUUUACAUACACACACUGAAACAAGGACUCACAGGAGAGAAACCUCAGGGAGCUUCAAACAAGCCUUGACGUUUGUUUGCCCUGGGGUUGAAUUUCCCUGCCUUCUCAGGUAAGACUCAAAAUGGAGCCAGCAGCAGCCAGGACUAAGUAAGAAUUUCAAAAGGGUGUGUGAUUUGGGAACAUCAUUUCCAGGACUGCCCUGUAACCGCCUGGGUUACAGCAGCAGACUUGGAGGAGUAUGUUUUGCUGCACUAGGAUGCUAAUGUCCAUGUGGGAUUUGGACUUGCAUGGCUUUCAAGACAUUAGUGAGUUUGAUGGAUCACAGCUAUUUCUAUCUACAGGUAUAAAUACUAAAAGCAAAUCCUAUGAUUUAACUCAUUCCUGAUAUCUCUGUUGUGAUUUUUGUUUGUUUUUUUUUUCUUUUCUCUUUAUGUCCAGUAGUUGACAUUUUAAUUAGAUCUGGAUAAAAAGUUGUCUUUCUUCCCAGUUAGCAAAUAUGCUGAGAUACCUAGGCUAUGCUUUCCACUUAAACACUGAGAAAGCAGCAGGGUUUGUAUGUUACCUGGCCAUGGCUAUGUUGGGAUUUUUAAUGGAAAUUGAUUGGGUAUCUUGUCAUACUUCAGCAGUGACAAGAGAAGUCUGUUUUGCCAUGUGAUUUGGGAUGGCCACCAGUGAAAUAAAGUUGGUGUUGUGAUUCACAGGCAUCAGUGGCAUUUGCUGAUGCUGCAUUUUGCAACGUGUACUGGAAGCCCAGUGUUGCAGUAGUUUGCUAAUGUCUUCUCAGUUACAAAGACACUUGCUUAUUGUAAUUCUCUGGAUCCACAGGUUAACUUCUGGUGCUAUGAUGUCAUGAAAACCAACUAGCACUCUUAAAAGGACACUUGAGGCCACCAUACCAUGUAAAAUGUUUUACCAUGUGAAAUAAUUUCAUUUUUGUGAAAGCUUUGGUUGCAUGUCUGCUUUAGGUUCCAAGCUGAAAUUUACCACUACUCAGGAGUUUGGGAUGAAGCCAGUAUCUAUCUGCUUGAGGCCUCAAAAUAUCCUUUAUUUAGAACAUAAAUUGGAUUGAUCUUGUACUAGCCAUGUUGCCAGUGGUGAAGUUCACCUUGGAAGAAUAAAGCUUGCCUCUGUGUAUAGAGUAUCCGUCAUCUUUUUUUCUCCCACCUCAAAAAAGUUCUAGGGCACCAACUUCUCCAAAGAGCUGUCUGUGCAGUCAGGCUGACCUUUGUGCUGUGCAUAUAUGGGAGCAUUAAAGAAAACCCAUCUCAGCAGAGGUGGUAGGUUCUUCACGUUGCUCUUUGUAACUGAAUGUAGUCACAACACAUUUGUAACAUGACCAUCUUCAUAAUUAGAUCUUAGAGCACAGUUGUGCUUGGGUGUUGAAAAUGGUACAGGUGCAUUAAUGCAUCACAAUGUCUGAUUACCUGGGCAAAGCAGUGUGUAGUCCACAGGAUCAUACCCUUGUCCUCUGAAGGUGCUGAAUUUGGCUUUAAGUCUGCCAUGCUUGAGGAUCUGCAGUUCAUAGGACUUAGCUCUUUGAAUGUCAAGAUGUUAUAUAAAACCCCCAAACUUCAAAGAGCCCUCUUUGUAUAUUGAGAGAGAAAUUAUUUCAGUGUUUGAAGCAGUUCUGGAUCUUGCACUCUGGAGGCAGUGGUCAGUGUAGGUUCUCUUGACAGAGUGCUAUGUUGCAAGAGCUGGAAGAAACUAGACCCUGCCUCGAUAACUGAGGGAAGCAUAUGUAUUUUGCUGGUUUGGAUUCUCACUUUUGCUGCAGAAUUAGGGUUAAUUUUGGAGUUGUCAGAGGGGGGAACCUUGGUUCAAGUAAAUUUUUAAUGGAAGCCCUAGAUGUUUCUUGAUAUUUCCUUUUGUUAUUAGAACUUGCAAGCACAAAGACAAGGCAACUUACUUUAACUAAUCUCAAGGUCAGCUGUUGUCCUUAUUAAUGUGUAACCUAGAUAUACAAAAAUGGUUUUAUGCAGGGUACAGCGAAGCGUGUACCAACAAAUAUUCAGCUUUAUCUUACUUUUUUGGGGAAACAGUGAAAUACUAGAAAUUUUUUUUCUAAUAUUCUGAGAAGUAGCUUGCAUGUGUAGCAGAUGAGUUGCCUAAAUAUAGAGAAAUCAAAGAAUGGUGAAGUUUGGGAUUAGUUUUUACAGGGCUAAAUAUAAUUAGUUUGUAUAAACUAAUAUUUUCAUCCUGAUCAUUGAAAUACAUACAGGGAAAGGCAUAAUGAGGGAUACAGUGGAAAAAUAAGGAAUAAAACUGGAUGUAUACUUAAAAUUGUCUUCUUUCAGCCCUAUUUUUGAUCUCUCAAAGAAUUAUGAUGUGGAAGUGUCUUAGUUUAAUAUAUGGCUUAGCACUUACUCAUCUUUUAGUAAGUUUCCUUAAUCUAGGUAUGUAAUAGUCUUUUAGUUGGGUAGGGAUGCACAGUUUUCCUUUAGAGGUGAUGGAAAUUUCAUAAAUAAAUUGGAAGACCUAAAAUACAUCUGAAACGUUACUGUGUUAAUAUUAUCUUCUUUCCUUCUGAAAGGCUUCAUGUUCAGCAGAAGAAUGUACUUUGUAGAAGAAAUGCUUAUCUCUUGUGUUUUGUCCUGGGCUGAUCUUCUAGUGUUAGUGGGAGAGAUCACUUGGUUAUUUGACAGGUAAUGUUGCCAGUUCUGCCGUGAGUACAGUCCAAAUGCUUCUUUAAUUUGCUUCAGAAAAAUCAUAUAAAUAUAGCUCAGACUAUUUAAACUGCACCACACAAGUAGUUUUGCCCCAGAUGAGGUAGCAGGCACAUGAAAGCUAUUUUCUGCUAGUCUGUGGCAGAAAUUACUCUUGCCUCUUUUUCUGAAGGCUGGGACAAGUGGCUCUAUAUACAAUAGAGCAAGAAGGCAUUAGGACUGAAAUUUCAUUUUGCUGCUUCUAAACCACAAAUGUCCUUCAGCAAAUACUUGAGAAAAUCCUUGCUGAACUAAAUUGCAGAUGCCUAACAGCUGUUGAUAGUUAAGUUUCUUAGACAACCAUAGGUUCCACUAUUUGCAUGCAGCAGUUUAAAUGAUGCACUUAGCAGCCAGUCUUUAUACUAAAAUGUUGGGGUUUUUUCUGAAUAAUGUUUGUAUUUGAGCUUGCAAAUUAUUCCUGAUUUUUUAUGAAUUUAUAUAUAUAUUGUCUGAGGAAUUGCAAUUUUUGUUUCUACUUGUUGCAGGUUAUCUGAUGAACAAAUAUGGAAUAUAUGUUCCUUUGAGAUUACCUGGGUAAUUUUUACUGCACUUGAUGUUCUAGUGUGUCUCUCACAGAUACAUCUUUUCCUUAGAGGAUAAAAUUGUAGCAGUUCGGGGAGACUGACUAAGUGACAAUAAAAUGUAAAAACCAGUCAGUUCCCCUGCUAGUGGAAAAGACACUUUAUUUUUCCUCUCCUGUGAUAUUAAUUCCCCCCUUCCCCCUUGAGGACUGUGCCACCCAAGUAAGUAUGCAUCAAAUAUUCAUAAAGUCUUUCAAAAUGUCUUCUUUUAAUAGUUACACUUCUUUUUUUUUUCCCAGAUUGGCUUUCUAGGACAAGUUACUGAGAAACACUUGCUUUCUAUAUGCCUACCAAAAAGUUUGUGUAUUUUUAAAUGUUUUCUUUGUCAGCAAUGGAAAAAGCAUAGGAUCCUUUUCUUGCAAGAACAUAAACCAGUAUUUACCAGGAAAGGUGCUUUAUCUCUUGGAAAGUGCCAUGCCAAAUUUCAUUGUGCAAGAGCUCUCAGUAAGAAUCUUUUUUUUUCUGGCUUCAUUACGUUUAUAAGUAUCUGGGCCAAAUUUAUUUGUAGCAUAAUUCUACUGAAUUAAUUUGGGUUUUUUUGAGACUUUCACAGUGGUUUUCUACCUCUAGACUAGAAUUUGAGAAGAAAAGAAUUUGGUAUUGGUUUGUCUUUCUAUUUCUUGCUGUCUUCUGUGAACAAUGGUGGGUGGUUAAACUGGUACAGUUCAUAUAUUUUCUAUAAGUGUUUACAUUUUGGAUUUAUGGUUUAAGUAUUUGGUUUGUAUUGCUGAGUUUGGAAUUUUAAAUAAAUGAUUUGUACAUUUA